AUGGCCACCACCACCACCACCACCACGACGCAUAGCACCUCCCUCCCGGACCCGGAGAAAUUCAUGCACACCUCGGGCGCCUCCGACCCGGUGUGGGUCCACAAGCAGCCCUACUCGCGCCUGCCGACGUUCCCCUCGCUGGCCCAAGACCUGACGACCGACGUGGCCGUGAUCGGUGCGGGCAUCGCGGGUAUCCACGUGGCCUACGAGCUGGUGACGCGCGGCCACAAGGUGGUGAUGCUCGAGGCGCGCGACGUGCUGGCGGGCGAGUCCGGCCGCACGUCGGGCCACCUGACCAACGACCUGGACGACGGCUAUCUCGAGAUCGCCAAGAAGCACGGCGAGGACGGCGCCAGGGUCGCCGCCGAGUCGCAUGCCUGGGCGAGGGACAGGAUUGGGCAGCUCGCGGCCGAGUUGGGGAUUGAGUGCGAGUAUCGGAAGGUGAGGGCUUAUGAUGUCAGUCAGUACAGGAGGGGCACCAAGGAGUAUGAGGAGGAGAUGAAGGAGUUGAAGGAGGAGGCCGGGAUGCAGGCGCGGUUGGGGAUCGAGACGCGGUUCGACGAGGACCUGACGGUGCGCGGGUGGAGCGGCAAGCCGGACCAGCGCGGCGGGCUGGUCGCCGAGAACCAGGCGACGUUCCACCCGACCAGGUACCUCGCGGGCGUGCUGGAGUGGCUGCGGAAGCAGCCCAACUUCCAGUGCUACACGCGCACGCGCGUCAUGGGCAUCAAGGAGCAGGGCGUCGAGCUGCUCGGCCUGGGCCACAAGUCGGUCUCGAUCGAGACCGAGGCCGGGCACACGGUGAAGGCCGACCACGCGGUCGAGGCGACGUGCGUGCCGCUGCAGAAGCUGUCCGUCAUCGCCGAGCUCGAGUACUACCGCACCUACUGCAUCGCGGUGCGCGUGCCCCGGGGCAGCGUCGAGGACUGCCUGCUGUACGACAACGCCGACGAGUACAAGUACGUGCGCCUCACCGAGUGCGACGAGCGGGACGACUACAUGGUGGUGGGCGGUUGCGACCACAAGGUCGGGCAGGAGGAGACCACGGCGCGAUAUGCCGAGCUGGAGACGUGGACGCGCGAGCGCUUCCCGCAGGCCGGCAGCGUCGACUACCGCUGGAGCGGCCAGGUCUUCGAGCCGCUCGACUACAUGGCCUUCCUCGGCAAGAACCAGGGCAACGACAAGAUCUACAUUGUCACGGGCGACUCCGGAGACGGGCUGACGCACGGCGUGCUGGCCGGCCGGCUGAUCGCCGACGAGAUCGAGGGUAAGGAAAACAAGUGGGCAUCGCUGUAUAGCCCCAAGCGGCUGGGCAGCAUCCUCAAGAACUUGCCGAGUAUGGUCAAGCACGACGUGCAGAUCAACAUACAGUACAAGCGCUUCUUGCAGACGGACAUCACCGAUAUCGAGGACUUGGCGCCGGGCUGUGGCGGCGUGUUGAACGAAGUGGCUUCGAAGCCCGUGGCGGUGUACAAGGACGAGGAGGGCAAGGUGCACAAGUACAGCGCGCUGUGCCCGCACAUGAAGGGCGUGGUGUGCUGGAACUCGGCGGAGAAGAGCUUCGACUGCCCCGUGCAUGGCAGCCGCUUCUCCAAGGACGGCAUCUGCAUCAUUGGCCCGGCCAAGGCGAACCUGGCGCCGGCUGACGAGGCGGGAGCGAAGGAUCAGGAGGCUGCUGCUGGGUCGGCCAUGUAA